AUGGCAAAAGCCAGGAAAAAAAGAAAUUUUACGGAGUGUGAAUUGGAGGUUCUGCUGACGGAGUUAGAGGCACAGGCAGUAAACACGGUAGGGUCGGAGAACCGCACCGCAGCGGAGUUGAAAAAGAAGUGGUCAGAUAUGAAGACAUAUCUGCCCAUCGCCAGAGCCUUCAGGCCACAGGUGGUGGAGUCCCUGUAUUACGCACAAACGGCUAAACUGAAAGAACUGGAGUUACAGAAAGCUGAGCUGGAGAGGCAGAAGACUGAGGUGCAGAGGCAGAAGAUUGAGGUGCAGAGUCGGAAGAUUGAGCUUGAGAAGUUAAAGAAACAACUUCAAGUCAAACAGGUGGCUUUCUCAGCCUCUCUGUUGGCUUCAGGCUCAGGAACUAUCGGACCAUUUAACACACAAACUCCUCUGGUCUUCAGACAUGUCGUCUCAAACAUUGGAAAUGCCUACAAUCCAAACACAGGUUUUUUCAUUGCAACAGUGAGAGGAGCCUACCACUUUGAGAUCUACGUAGCUGGAUAUGGACAUGCUUCACAUCCUUCAGCUGCUGCAUUGAUCAAGAACGGAGAGGUUAUUUGUGUUGCAUAUGAUCAUCGGCCGUCUAACUUUGGGAGCUCUGCUCAUGGCACCACGCUGCUUCUAGAGGUCGGAGAUGUUGUGUUUAUGCGUCUGUGGGCUAACUCUUGGAUUUAUGAUGAUGAAAAUCACUAUAGCACCUUCAGUGGCCAUCUGCUUUUCACCAUGUGA